AUGAACACAAACAUUUUGGGAAACUCCUCAUUUUGUCCUGAUGUCUCUUCUGAAAUCCACUCCAGGACUUUCCUCCAGGUCAUCUUGGUAUGCUACUGCUCCAGAGCAAACAUCUACAACCUCUGUGCACUGUCCGCGGCCUACAUCCUUCACCUGCCCCCCUUUGUUUUUGUUCUCUACCUGGGAAUCAAACAACGCAGAGGACCAAGCUCCACGUCCACAGCUGCAAGUCACUCUGACCUCUUCACCUAUCACUGCAUGGCCAUGCAGCUCACUGAAAUCCUGGGUCUUGCAAUCAUUUUAGUGGGCAGAGUCAGUGGUGCCCCUGUUGUCAUGAGUGUCGGGAUCUACAUCUGGGUUGUAACGAUACCUGGAAAGACUCUCUUUAAUCUCCUGACCUGUUUGGAGCGCUACAUGGCUGUAGUUCACCCCAUCAUCUACCUUGGAGUGACACAGGCCUGCAGGGUCAGGAUUGCCCACAUCAGUAUCAUAUAUGCUUGGGUUUUCAGCUUUGUCUGUCUGGCUCUAGCCUUCCGUGUGGGGUACAACAGUGGCUCAUCCUUGUAUCUCAUCUCUUUGUCUUCCCUCGUGAUAGUCGUCUCUUACUGCAGUGUUUCAGCUCUCUGCGUCCUCAAGCGUCCAGGUCCUGGGGAGGUGGGCGGGAACAACGAGCGAUCAAAGCAGAAGGCUUUCUUCACCAUCAUGGCCAUCACGGGAGUGUUGUUGCUGAGGUUUGGGGGUCACCUGAUUGUCCAAGCGAUUUACUCUGCCGAUACGGUUCCUGAUGUGUGUGCACUGCUGAUAUCUAUAUUCUGGUUGGAUAUGCCCAGCACUUUGGUACUGCCGUUACUUUUCUUAAACCGAUCAGGAAAAUUACAGUUGAGGAAAUCAGGAUGACAGAUGGAUUACCACAGCGGAUCCAUUCAGAUGAUAAACAUUUGAGUCUUAAUUAGAAGUGUGCACAGAUUUGCAUCCCCAGGAUAUAUGUAGCAUGAUUUAGUCCAGUGCACUAAGACAUUAUUAUUAUUAUUUUAUGAUCAUUAUUAAUAUCGUCUUUUUAUAAUUGCUAUCCUGUUUUCUGCUUUCAACACCCUUUUUAUUGCAUUUUCUUUUUCCCACCAAUUUUAUGUUUUUAUUUUGGUCCUCAUGGUCUCAUUUUAUGUUGCAUGGUUCUUGUAUCGUCUGGAUUCUUUAUGACAUAUAAAAAUUGCCUUCAAUUCGGAGGCCUUAUUUUCACUGAACUCUUUGUUUUUAUGUCCUUGUGCUGACGUUCUUGUGCUUAAUUUCUUUUGUCAAGCACUUUGUAAAUCUCUGUUUUUAAAAAGUGCUAUAUAAAGUUAUUAUUAACCCAAACCAGUAUGAGAUCAAACUUUCCAGUCAAGGCAAAGAAUGGACUCUUAAUGAUGUACUAAAUUCAUGUUAGAUUCAUGAUUCAGAUCCACUAUUGACCACAGCAGGGUCACUCACAGAUGGGUAAGCUGGGGUAUGAUUUGUAUAUCAAACUUGUUUUUACGUGUGCUUUGAAUCCUGUAAAUUGUCCAUGUCGUUGGGCCGAUUAAAUGAGCCGUACUCAGAGAUCGCCUCAACAUUUCCACCAGUUUUGAAAAGACUGUUAAUAACCCGUAGCCUUCCAUGUUUCUGUAAAUAGUUAAAUCCAUUUAAGAUCCUAAAUAAAACUGUUUCUUAUAAUUCAGCUGCACAUUGUUGUACCCUACUACUCUGUGUUAGGUAAGAUGUACAUUUUUUACACCAAUGAACUAAUGUGAUGGUGAACAAAGUCUUUCAAAUGUGUUUUAAAUUCUGUAAAUCCAUUGAAAAGAUGGAAAAAGUUUUUAAAAUUCUGAACUUAUGUGUGUAAACUAAUUAAUGAUGUACAGAAAUAUCUGUGUGCAAAUAAAGGAAUAAAUAUAAUCCUUGUCCUUUUGAGUAUGUAUCGCACAUGACCAGCUGAUACAGCUCAGAAAUAUAUUAAUCUACAAUCCUGACACAUUUUCUGCGUCUUUCUUUGGUUGAAAUCCUACAGCUCUAUUUCUGAAUUCAAAAGAAGUGUCAUUCACAUUUUCCUCUCCUGCUAUUUUGCCUUUGGGGUGAAGAAAAUAGUUCUCCUGCAGACCUUCACCAGGUUCUGAGCGCUUAAUUAGCAGCUGCAGUAGAGGACAACACGGAAAAUAAACCUCAACAUUUGGCGAGCCAGCCAGGAGGGCUGUUUGAGUGACCCGGCUGCUGUGGGUUGAAACAAAUUUGCAAAUGCUAAUUUACCAUAAAAAAUACCAUAAACUAUGAGCUUGGAGAUAUGCAAAAUUCUCAUAACUUUAGUAGCACCUGUUCUUCACACACACACACACACACACACACACACACACACACACACACACACACACACACACACACACACACACACACACACACACAAACUAUCUUUAUGUAAAUCUGGUUAUGAAAUUAAACAAGGGUCAGACACCAGUGAUGGUUUAUCGGACAUACAGAUCUCAAAGAAGAUAGAUGAAUAAAAGAAAACUUCGCUGGGGUAGGUCUUUAUUCAAAUGAAAAUGAUAUGAUUGAUUUAAGUUUUAACUCUCAUUUAUACUAUUUGAUAUCUGUACCCUCAAACCUACGUGAUUGUUUUGUCUUUAAUUAUCCUUUGAAACUGUUUACUUAAAGCAGAAUAAUAACAUUUGAUGUUGGUUGAGUGACUUUGUGUCUAAGAAAAUUACUGCAGCUGAAUCCUCGCUCUGCUCUGCUUCAAUCAUUCCUAUUUUGAAUCUUUUGUUUGUGGCUUAUUUGAGUUUCAAGCUCUACACGGAGGGGUGUAUUAGAGACAGCGACGAUCACGACUCUCUUUCUUUGAUGGUUACUGUGCAUGCUUUCAUUGUGUUCACUUGUUUUUAAUGAGCGAGUCUCUUCCUUUCAGCUCCUGAUCAUCAUUGUUGACCUCCGAGACAUGUCCACCAACUCGUUCUUUAACUCGCUCCCCCUUCAUCCUCAAGGCGCAACCAACCACUCCAUAUACGCGUUCCAAUGCCUCACCUACAGAACAAGCCUCUACGCCAUCUCAGCUUUUGCCAUCGCCCAAGUCCUACUCCUUCCUUUCUUCAUUCUGGUCCUCUAUCUCAGUUUCCAGAGACAGUGCUCCGUUUCCACCAAUGCAACAAGUCACUCAGACCUCUUCACCUAUCACUCUGUCGCCAUGCAGCUGAACGACUUCUUGGGGUUCAUGGUGUUCUAUGUAGGCAUGGCCAACAAUGUCCCAGAAAUGGUCCUUACAGGACUGAACUUAAUGCAGAUCCCCUACCUUGGCAAAGCUAUGUUUCAUGUGCUGACCUGUUUGGAGCGCUACCUGGCUGUUGUUCACCCCAUCACCUACCUGAGACUAAAAAGUCCACGCGGGGUCACGAUCAGGAACACCGUCAUUGGAUGUGUAUGGUUAAUAAGCUUUGGAUGGCUGGUUGUUGUGAACCAUUGCAGCACUGAUUUAUUUUUCUGCCUCAAUAUCUUCAUUCUGGUCUUUUUCUUAUUUGUCAUGUCCUUUUGUUGCAUUAUGAUUCUCUGGACCCUGAAAAACCCCGGACCAGGGACAGUGAGGAGGAACAAGGAGCGGGUCGACAAAUCAAAACAACGAGCUUUCUACACCGUUAUUGCUAUAAUGGGGGUGCUGUUGGUGAGGUUUGGCGGGAAUCUGGCAGCCUCUAUCAUUCUGGAUUCAAACCUCAAUUUUGAUAAGUGUAAUAUGUCUCUGGGGUUGGGAUUGUGGCUGGAGCUUCCCAGCACUUUAGUGUUGCCUCUUCUGUUCCUACAUCGAAUCGGAAAAUUACAAUGCUGUACAUACAACACUGAGUCAGGAUGA